UCUCUACUGACCAAGUGUUUUCUUUCUGAAGUCCACCAACUGAACCCCUUGACUUGCCCCACUCCACCAAACCCCAAGCGAACCCGGCGGCGCCGCCCCACGCUCCGUUCCCAGCUGGAGCGUACCCUAGCAGCAGGCGAGCGUCCGAAAAAGGAUGCUCUUUUAGGGGAAACCAGCCACACCCCGUCGCCAUGCCGGUGCGGCCGCCGGGCGGCAGGCUCUAAACCCGGCUAGCUAGGGUUUCGGCCGCCGGCGAUGCGGGCCGCCAGUGUGCCGCGCUACUCCUCCGGCGAUGGGGCCGAGGCGGUGUUCCUCGGCGACGGCGGCGUCAACGUCGACCCCGAGGCCAUCACCGAGGAGGACAGCCUCGUCGGCGGCGGCGACUCCAACUCCAACUCCGUGGAUUGCUUGCAUGGAUCAUACAGCAGCUCUUUAAGCCUCCACGGUGUCAGAGUUGAUGACGAACACUCGGCUCUUGAGAACAGCAGCAGGCCUCCUAGUCAUAUUAAUAUCCUAACACCAAAAGAUGUUGUACCUAUCGAAAUGGCACGGUCUAGGUUCCUGGACAUCAUCAUUGACCAUUUUAUCGGUCAAAAUGCUAUUGAGGUGGCAGAGCCCUCUCUGUAUGACUCUAUCCUGGCCAGCAAUAGAAUAAACAAAAGAAAGCAACAAGAGGUACGAUACGAAGGCGACCCGAGGUUUGCUUUGCCCUUGAUGUACAUAGCGAACUUGUAUGAGUCCUUGGUGAGCGACGUCGAUGCACGUCUUGCUUCCUGGAUUGGAUCCCGUGAGAAAACGAUGGGGGUAGCUCUUGAAGCUGCCGGCGGCUUGUACAGGAAACUGACUCAAAAGUUUCCCAAGAAAGGAAAUUGUAGCUUCAGGAGGAGGGAGCUGGCUACUUCUAAUGCAACAAAGACAAAGUUUCCUGAACUUGUAGUACAGGAAGAAAAGCGGAUCCGUUUUGUUGUAAUCAAUGGUUUGGUGAUCAUAGAGAGGCCAAAUAAUAUGAGAAUGCAGGAUGCGGAAUGGUUCAAAAGAUUAACUGGUCGAAAUGAGGUGGCCAUUUCAUCAAGAGAUUACAAAUUCUAUUCAGCCCGGCACAAGUACAGGCGUACACCACAGCCAGUAUUUGACAUUCCUGGCACAUCAGUUUUGUCAGAGGAUGAGACUUCUCCGUUGGUUUGUUCUUCAGAGUUUCGUCCACCAUUCGAGAUGCAAAACCAACAUGAGUUAUCAUCGAAGCGACACAUUGAACAGAUAGAAAGUCAACCUUACUUGCACUUUCUCGAUCAAGGAGAGCAUGGCGCCAUUCAGCAAAACCAACAUGCUUCUCAGUUCCCUACCAUCCAUCCAUGCGCAUCGUCAUCACACCUGUCAGAUAACCCACAGCAGCACCAGUCUUAUUUAUCUCCGCAUCUAUCUUCCAUGCAAGCUGGACACAGUCACCCUGGAGGACGCUUGAAUAUUCUUCCAAGCAGGCCUGCGAAGUUUUGUGACGAAUGUGGUUCGCCGUAUCUAAGGGCGACAUCCAAGUUCUGCUCAGAGUGUGGCACCAAGAGGCUAGGGAUCUGAUGAGUAUGCAUAAUUAAGGAAUUUUGCCGCAGUUGAGUGUUGUUUCGGCCAUGAUGCAGAACCCUGUACGUGCAUAGUAGGACGGGUUUUGGUUGUUGUAACUGAAGUUGAGUUCACUCUUCCUUCCUUCAAUGGAAAUAUAUAUUGAUGGA